AGGCACCAGCCGAAGGAAGGAUCGCACAUCACAUACGUGAUACGUGAUACGGCCUACAUUACUUAGGCUGUUAUUCUCUGUGAGGAGGCGUGUACUUACUUCUCUUUGAGAUUUCAAGAUCGCCCUCUGUAACAUCAUCUUUCAAUCGAAUCGUCUUUUUUGAUGAUAUUUUAUAUCUAAAACCAAAAGCCUAGCCCUAACCCCAACCAAAAAGGCAAUCUCAGCUCUGCUUCUUCUCUGGACGGAGAUGAAGACGAAGACGGCUUCUUCGACUAUGGUGUCGGCCUUGAUUUUAGUUCUGCUUGUGUUUGUGGGCGAGGUUCCGGGUGGGCUGGCCUUGCCUUCCACCACCGCGCCCGCUUUUCUCUGGUCACCUCACCUCGAUGAUGAGUUCUCAAGUAACUUAGUUAAAGAUGUUGUAAAUUAUCAGACCAUCUCUCCAAAGGAGCUAGUAAGGUCUGUUCUGACUGAAGGUGGCUGGUCAAACUUACUGUGCUCGGGGAAGAAACUUCAGCACCCUGUGGAUCUAGCACUGGUCUUUGUUGGUAAAGAGUUGCAAUCUUCUGAUAUUUCAGCUAGCAAACAUGCAGACCCAGCUCUUGUAGACUUGCUCAAGGUCUCUUUCACAAGAUCUAAUUUUUCCAUGGCAUUCCCAUACGUUGCUGCAUCAGAGGAGGAGACAAUGGAAAAUUUGUUGGUUUCAGGGUUUACAGAAACGUGUGGGCAUGGUUUAGGAAUCAGUGAUGUUGCUUUCAUGGAUUCAUGUUCUGUAGAGGGUGAAAAGUUUGAAAAACUUGCAGAUCUGCGCUCAGUACAUGAUUAUCUGGUUUCAAGGAUUGUAAAAAGGCAAAAGGGGCAAGCAAAUUUGGUUGUGUUCUGCCAUGGAGGGUCUCAUACCUCGAAAGAACAUGACAAACCACAAUAUGAAAGUGAGAUCUUCUCUGAGCUGAUCAAUUCUGUGGAGCAAUCGGGGGCAAAAUAUGCAGCUCUCUAUGUUUCAGAUCCCUUCAGGUCGAUUCAGUAUCCUUAUCAGGAACUGGGAAGGUUUCUUGCUGAAGGUGCCUCAGGAAAUGGAUCAGUCAAUUCUACAUUCUGUGAUGAAGUUUGCCAGAUUAAAUCGUCACUUUUGGAGGGACUUCUAGUUGGCAUUGUUUUGCUUAUAAUCUUAAUAUCAGGUCUUUGCUGUAUGAUGGGCAUUGACACUCCAACAAGAUUUGAGACGCCCCAGGAUACUUGAUUUAUACCCAUUUGUUCUGGAGCUGGGUCUUCUCUUUGAGGUAUUGGUAAAAGUAGUUGUUUGAUACAAAGUUGCAGCGGGCAGGGAUGUUAUCUUGUAAUUCAGUUGCUCACGGGCAUUAUAUAAUGUUGGAAAUAAUCUAGAAUCAUGUAAUUUUUUUUUUUUUUUGGUGAGUGAGAAUCAUGUAAUUCAUUGUCAUCAAUCUUAUAAUGUUAAUUUUGGAUUAAGCUU